AUGCCUUUCUGUCGUCCCCCAUACUCAAAUGGACGCGACCACGCCGAAGACAUUUCCAUUCUUACAGCAGCCUACAGGGUUUCUGUCUCGUCAAUUCGGAACCUUGUGCCGGAGUUUCUUCAACUGGCAGAUGAACCUCUUAUAACAUCUCGACUGAUCCGGUAUGGGAAAAGCUCAGUCGGACCAUAUUCAGAGUUUGUUCAGCAGGUGGAGGUUUCAUAUCAGGGUGAAGUAUUUGACUUCAACUUGAUCCUGAUCUUGGACAACGAGAAGGCUAUCUUCCUCGGCCGUGAAAAAUACGGAUUUCCCAAAGUAUUUGGAGACAUUGACCUGCAAUCACCCAAUAAGGAUCAGAGCGUCUCCGGAAUAGCGGAGACCAUGGACAAAAAGUCUCGAAUUGAGUUUCGAUUCAUUCCAGCAGGGCCUCAAGAUUGCCAGGCUCCGAAAUCAACAAAACGGAUGCUCAACUUGAGGUACAUCCCUUCUCCCCUGCAUGGGGAACCUCCUUCGCUUCGCGAGUUAAUCCCGGUAACUAUGGCGAUGAAGUUCCCCGGCAUUCGGGCAGGGAAAUGUGACAUAACAUUUUCCAAAUCAUCACCGAUCGACCCAUGGACUCAGUUGCGCAUCAUCAAGCAUGAGUACGCUUUUUAUGGGGAGGGCGGGAAGGCGGAGCUCGAGGCACGUGAGAAGAGUAGUCUUUAA